AUGGGGCAGGACCUACCACAAUCCACAUGUGUUGAGAGUUGCCGUCCUGGACACAGUAGGAUUUUGCGUCAGGGGAAACAGAUUUGUUGCCACGAUUGCUCUCAGUGCUCUGAAGGAACAGUUUCAAAACUAAUGGAUGCAGACCAUUGCAACAAGUGCCCUGAGGACCAGCACCCAAACAAGAACCAGGACCACUGCAUCCCUAAGCAUAUCAUCUAUUUAUCAUAUGGAGAGACCUUGGGAAUUAUUAUGGCUUCAUUUGCUCUGUUCCUUUCUCUGAUCACACUAGUGGUAAUGUGGGUCUUCAUUCGAAACCAGGAGACUCCCAUCGUCAAGGCCAACAACUGGAACAUCACCCGCACCCUCCUCAUUUCCCUAUUGCUUUGCUUUCUCUGCUCCUUCCUAUUCAUUGGAAAGCCUGGGAAGGUGACCUGCCUUCUCCGUCAAACCAUAUUUGGGAUUGUCUUCUCCCUGGCUGUUUCUUGCGUGUUGGCAAAGACUAUCACUGUGGUUCUGGCCUUCAUGGCCACCAAGCCAGGAAACAGGAUGAGGAAAUGGGUGGGGAAGAGGCUGGCAGUGUCAGUCGUCAUCCUCUGCACUCUUAUUCAAACUGGCAUCUGUGCACUGUGGUUGGCAACCUCUCCUCCCUUCCCAGAGUUUGACAUGCAUUCACAGACUGCCCAAAUCAUUGUGCAGUGCAAUGAAGGAUCAGGCCCCAUGUUUUAUACUGUCCUGGGCUACAUGGGUCUUCUGGCCACCAUCAGCUUCACUGUGGCUUUCUUGGCCCGGAAGCUGCCUGAUACUUUCAAUGAAGCCAAGCUCAUCACCUUCAGCAUGUUAGUGUUCUGCAGUGUUUGGAUAUCCUUUGUCCCCACCUACUUGAGCACCAAGGGGAAAUACAUGGUGGCUGUGGAGAUCUUCUCCAUUUUAGCCUCUAGUGUAGGUUUGCUGGGCUGCAUCUUCUUCCCCAAAUUGUACAUUAUUGUUCUGAGGCCUGAACUGAACAGUAGAGAUCAGCUUGUAAGGAAAAAGAAUCACAUCUGAAUUUCAAAAAGGUACAAGAUAAGGAUGUCCCUUAUCUCCACUACUAUUCAAUCUGCUAUUGGAAGUACUUGCAAGAAAGAAAAGGGAGGAAGAUAAAACAAUGGGCAUACGGAUAGGACAGAGAACAUAUAAACUUAAAGCCUUUGGGCAGGAAUGGAAUGCUGGGACUGGAUAGGAGUUUGUGUGUAUUAGAACCAGUCAGAUAUUUCUCCAUGAAAAACAGUGGGAGGUUGUAUGUACAGUAUGUAUGUAUUAUUGAUUUAUAACUAAAGAUUUACAUAGGCUCACAAAGUGAAGAGUAACACUUCUUGAUAUUUGGGAAUAUGCUAUGCUUCUGUAAUAGUUUAUCAGGAAUUUAAAAAGAGCAGCCAAUGGAAAAUGAAGUAAAGGAAAAUAGAAAAAUUAAGGUUAAAAUGCUAAAACAUGUUUAGUUUUUUGAAAUGUGUGUAAUAUUGAGCAUCAAAUAAGGCUGGGAAGUGAAACAUCAAGGUAGCAGGGGCAGGAAGUCAACUUUUAAAUUUGUAUUAAAUUUGAAUUAAUUUCUUGUUAAUUUUUUUUAAAAAAAUGAAAAACAAUUAUUAGUUGGCAAAAAAAAAAGGUUUGCACUGUGAUGUUAUCUGGGUUGUGAGUGGGUUGUGUAUGUGGUCAUUCAGUGACA